UUCUUCACCUUCUCUGCAAAAAAUUAAAAUAAAAUAAAAAAAUGUUAGUCCCCCUCCAUUGGAGAAAUGCAUUGAUUCCUGGGAAUUGGUGAUCUGAUUAACAGACACAGAAAAGAUUGAAAAUUUGUGAGAGUGAGAGUUAAAGAAGAAACCCCUUUUGUCGAAGAGAAGAAUAUAUAUAUAUAUAUAUCAUCAUGUCAACAGAUCCUCCUCCUUUCCAAGAAGCAGCACGAUGUGUUGUCUGCAGUUGCAGUUUCAAUACCUUCAGGAGAAGGCAUCAUUGUCGAUCCUGCGGGAGAACAUUGUGCAAUGAACAUUCAUCAGAUCAAAUGGCGUUACCACAAUUUGGAAUAUACUCAGAUGUCCGAGUAUGUGCUGAUUGUUUCAACAAUUCAGGAACUAGGAAGGAUGUCCCACAGGCUUCUUCGGAUGGUGUAAACAGUGUAACAGACACAAUUUCUAAAUUAGAUAUUGAUGCAAAUGUUGAUUCACAAACCAUACCAACUGCAGGGAAUAAGCUUGUAUCAGGCAUUAAAGAGUGUAAGUGUGGAAUGCCUCUUUGCAUCUGUGAAGCUCCUACCCCUUCCUCUGCUGUAAUCCCCCAGCAGAAGAGAUCCAAUCCAGUCAUUACAGCUCCACCAAAUCCUAAACCCAAGAAGACAGAUACUGUUCCAAGAAAUAGAAGCUCCGGUUCAUCCAGCAAGUUUAGUUCUACGUUUAACCGUGGUCAUGCAACCAAUGGUACCUCAGACAAACCCCAGAUUGAUUAUGAAGCUAAUGGAGAGGGUUUAAGAGAAGCAAUAAAAAAUGGUGAUGUUGCUGCUGUCAAGAAACUUCUUAAUGAGGGUGUGGAUGCAAAUUACAGGGACAAGCAAGGAAUGUCUUUAUUGCAUUUGGCUUCAGUAUUCAAUCAAACUGAUAUAGUUUUCAUUCUCAUGGAUUCGGGGGCAAGUCUGGGAUACAAAAAUGCACAAGGAGAAACACCUUUAGAUUGUGCUCCAGCUACUUUGCAAUACAAAAUGCGAAAGAAGAUGGAAGAAGGCGGAGCAAUGAACCAAAGCAUUUGAAUAAUAUUUAUGCUUGUAUUUGUAAUCUUCUUAUGCGGUGCCGCUUCAAAUAUUACCAAUGUCUAGAAGUUCUCUUUUAGCAGAACAAAAGUUUUCCACUUUUAUUUAAUUGUGACAUCUUGAGACCUAUGUAAGACACGUCUUUGCCAGAUAGCAAUAAUAUCCAGGUUGUAAAA